UGCACAUGAUAGUCGGAGCGAAAUGGUGAUUAUAUCAAAACGAUUUGACAGAGUAUAUUGUUUUUAUUUGUUAGGAACGAAGGUAUAAAUAUUGUUCGGGAAGAUGGUACGGAACACGAAGAAAAAGCUGGCGAUAUUCGUUGGAACAUCAAAGUGUUUAAUAUACGCAGAAGCAAAGUAUUGUGCCUCUGAAAUGCCUGGAGAAAUAAAAUACUAUGAGUGUUCUAGAACCGAAUAUUGUUGCGGUAUUGGUUGUUGCGUAUCACCUGGACUACAUUUUCAUCAUUUAUGGUAUUAUUGGAUACUGGUUAUAAUUAUGUUCCUGGUAUGCUCUGGUGGUGGCUGGUGGUAUCGAUAUUGGUUACAAGGAAGAUACAGGGCAGCUGCGUCGGCUAUUCCAACUAGAACGUCCAAUUCACGAGCCCAAAAUUCACUUCGAGGGCCGACAUGUCAAGGUCAGAGGGCUCGUAUCACUUACAAUUCAGCGAGAAAUACUGUUUUGUUGCAUCGUAUGUGGAAAGGUCCUCAAAGAAACGGAGCGAUGCCCACCUACAAUGGUAACGCGACUACGUCGACCCAUUAUCAGAAUAUGAGCGUUAUGUUGAACGAUGCGAACUGUCCAUACUAUCAAUUAUACGGCCCACCUCCCAGCUACGAAACUGUGAUAGCUCAAACACGUGGUAAAGUAUCAAAUCCGGCAUCGCCGGAAUUAAAUACGCGACCACCAAACGUUGCACCGGGGAAUUCAAACGUGUCUCAAUGUUUCUCUUAUACUUGUAACUUUUCCACGAGAUUGAACAACGGCUUGGAACAAAAUACGCAAUACUCGAAUGGCGGUACGAGUUCUCGACAACUUGAAAGUCGAGAAGGUAUUCCAUUCGCUCAUUUUCCUCAGUAUUGCACGGUCACAGAUGGAACGAUUAGGCAAAAUGUAUGUAUUCCUUUCGGGUAUCAGGAACAGCAGUUCGUUUCUAGAGAUACGUUUAAUCGUGUAUAUCAAGGCAAUUCCAUGAACUGUGUUCCGUACCCGAUAGACAAAUCGUCAGACACAUCGGAUCAAGAAAAUCAAAGUUACCAAAUGUCAAAGACCGAAAGAUACAGAAUGUUAAAUGUCGAUUGUACGGCUGGUAGUAGUAGAGAACAAGCUGUUUGGGAAUCGGAUAAUCGUCCAGUUUCGAAAGUGCACGGUGGUGGUCAAGUAGAAAGGGAUACGAGUGAAAGAAUGGAGAAAAAUGUAGGAGAUGAGCGACAUAAUGAUAACGUGCGAAAUACAUCGGCUAUAAUGGUGACAGGUUUUCCUUCUUUGCUUAAAGUCGAAGAGAGUCACGUAAACAACUCAAAAUCGAUGGGGAAUCGGUUAGAAAAUUUCGAUUCGAAUUUAACGAAGGGUCGUCGUGUAUACGGUGGUUCUUUAAGAGCAACCGGUAGAUACGCUGGGAAAGAAAGAUACGAAGAAUAUUCGAUUGAAAGGGCUUUCUCGAAAAUUUUGCCCCAUUCCUGCGAUGGACUUAUCAACAUAGAGUCAACUGUGACAUCUGUCGAUGUAUCUUCUAAUGUAAGUUCUAUAGAAAACAGAGCUAAUGUUAAUGCAAAUUCUUUUCAAUCAAAUCCAUCCAAUAAUGUGAUAUUAGAAUGUUUCGUUUCAAACGGCGCGUCCUUCUCAGCAGAGAACAUAGAGAAAUUCGAACAGUCUCAGUCUCGUCUCGCAAAUGUUAGUACAAAUUGUGAACUUGAAAGUAAACAUAGAUUAGACAGAUCGAAAUCAUUGGACUGAAUUACUUGGAUAUUCUACUAUCGCGUAUUACGCAUAUAGUGCUUAUUCUCGAUUCGUUACUGUUCAUGCGUAUUCGUGUAUGAUCACUUUACCUCGAAAUAUUUACUCUAUAAAGUUCUCCUGUAAUCGAUGUAACGAA